GCGGCGGGCGGUGGCGGCGCUGGCGCGGCGCCGAAGGAGCGGAGGGCGAAGGCGGCCGAGCUGAAGGCCGAGAAGGAGCGGGCGAAGAAGGCGGCGGCCGCCGCGGCGCAGCACGCGCAGCUGGACGGCGAGAUAGAGAAGGCACGCGAGGAGGCGGUGAGGCUGCGUUCGAUGAAGGGCGCGUUCAACGGCCACAUCGAGAUAGGUCCACUCACCCUGCCGAACCCAGGCGGCGGGCUGGACCUGCUGGAGCGGUGCUGCUUCAACAUGGGCCCUGGGAGGCGGUACGGCCUCAUCGGCCGCAAUGGCAAGGGCAAGUCGACCCUGCUCCGCUACCUGGCAGCCCGCCGAGUGGGUGGGAUGCCGGCCUCGCUGACGGUGCACUACGUGUCGCAGGAGGUGUCCUUGUCCGCCGCGGCCCUGGAGCAGACUCCGGUGCAGGCGGUGGUGGAGGCCGACGUGGAGCGCCGCGUGCUGCUGGCCGAGGUGGCCGCGCUGGAGGGCAAGGCGGGCGCGGCCGAGGUGGAGCGCCUGCAGACGUGCAUGGACCAGCUGGAGGCGAUCGGCGCCGACACCGCCGGGGAGCGGGCCGAGGAGCUGCUCGCCAACCUCGGCUUCAGCGAGGAGCUGCGGGGCCGCAACCUGGGCGCGCUGAGCGGCGGUUGGCGCGUGCGCGUGGCGCUGGCCGCGGCGCUGUUCGCCAAGCCGGACGUGCUGCUUCUGGACGAGCCCACCAACCACCUCAGCAUACAGGCCGUCAUGUGGCUGAGCCACGAGCUGGCGACCAGCCCCACGUGGCAGUCGCGAAUCGUUGUCGUGGUGUCCCACGACCGCGUGUUCGUCGACGAGUCCUGCACCGACAUGAUGCACAUCAGUGGCGUUGCCAGGAGGCUGACGCAAUCAAAAGGUAGCUACUCUACGUGGGCCAAGCGCCGCCAGGAGCAGCAGAAGGCGCGAGAGAGCCAGAUGGAAAAGGACGCCGCCGAGAAUGCGAAGCUCAAGGACUACGCAGGACACGGCUUCAAGUACGGGGGCAGCUCCGCCCAGAUCAACAUGAUGAAGAAGAUGGAGAGGAUGCUGGAGACAUGGAACGAGGAGAAGCAGGCACAGGAGGCCGAGGAGCUGGCGGACCUGCUCGAGGACGGAGAGCUCCCGGUCAAGCUGCUGGCAGGCGGCGUGCUAGACGGCCCGGCGGUGACCUUCCAGAACGUCGCUUUCGGCUACCCCGGCUGCCAGGAGCUGUUCCGGGGUGCCGAGUUCCACGUGGACGGGAAGUCUCGGAUCGUCUUCGUCGGCGAGAACGGCAACGGGAAGUCGACGCUUGUGAAGCUGAUGCUGGGCGAGCUUUCGCCCACGUCCGGAUCUGUCAAGAUCAACCGCGGCGCCAGAAUAUCAUUGGUCAACCAGCAUCAUGCGGACCAGCUCGACCUAUCCUCGGAGGAGGCCCCUUGGAGUUCAUGCUGCAUAAGUUUCCUGGAGACGGCUCCGCUGCGCACGAGCUGGCGCUCCGCAGUCACCUGGAUUCUUGCGGCGUGGAGACCGCACAGCAGACUGUCCGGGCAGGCAAUCUCAGCGGAGGGCAGCGGUCGCGGGUCGCCAUGGCGGCUGUAA